CAAGAUUUCCAAGUUCCGCCAGGUGACGUGAUUGAAGGCGUGCACAUUCGCCACGGCUGGCUCAUUGAUCAGAUCACCUUUGUUACACGCGGGGGUGUGCACUUGGGCCCCUGUGGUCUGUCAAUGGGUGGCAACGUUUCUGAACUCUCCAUGAAAGACUCUACUUGCUUUUCUCCCUACACUGCUGAGCCCUCUCCCCGCACUUCCCGGACCUGGAGAAACCGUAUUGCCUACGACGCGGCACCGGUGGACAAUGCGGACUCCGAAUCAUCGUCAUCCACUUUAUCUUCCCAGGACCCUGCUCCCGCGCUGGUCGCCCUUCACGGCUUUGAAUAUGUCAAGAUUGCUAACCAGGGAAUGGUGUUUUGGAAUAAUGUCCGCUUUUGCUACUCCGCUCUGGACUUUGACGCGGUAAAACCCAAGAUGCCCAUCUUGCCCUCACCGGAUGUCCUGGCGAGCCUCCACUAUACUUUGUAA